AUGCGUAUAGCGCUCUUCUUUUGUGUGCUCGUCGCUUUGGUGGUGGGGUGCCUUGCAGAAUGCGCGGGAGACUGCAUUGAGUUUCGCAAGGAGGUGUACGCAUUGCGAGAGGAACUCGAUGCCCGCUUGCGAAGGUUGGAGGAUCGGUCUAUUUCAGAACGCCGCGAGCUGCAAACAUCCUUGUCUUCGUCGUUCUUCUUGGCAGAAGUCGAGGCCUUGCACGAACGAGAUGUCAGCAUCGCGAGUGCUUUGGACACCAUCUGGCUUUGUAUGUGCGCAAGUAUUGCUGCUCUUAUGCACGGUGGGUUUGCCAUGUUGGAGACGGGCACCUGCCGUGCAAGGAACGCAUCCAACCUUCUUAUGAAGAACUUGCUCAAUGUUUGCGUUGGCACCAUAGGGUGGUGGCUUUGCGGAUGGGCAUUCGCAUACGGUGAUCUGAAAUACGAUCUCUUCGGAACAACAGGCUUUGCCAGCUCCAACCUCUUAAUCAUCGCAGAUGGACAUAUACGACCGGUAGAAAGCUGUUCGGGUGAAUCCUGCCAGAGCAAUUUGAUACAGUGGUUCUUCCAGUGGGUGUUUUGUACGACUGCUGUGACUAUUGUAAGCGGUGGUGUUGCCGAAAGGGUGCGCAGUUUGACGUAUGCUGGUUUUGCAUUCUUCAUGUCUAGCAUCAUAUAUCCUGGAGUUGUUGCAUGGACUUGGGGUGGUGGUUGGCUCUCUGCGACGCUGGACGUGGGCUUCACUGAUUUUGCCGGGAGUUGCAUCGUGCACGUGGUGGGUGGCGUUGGCGCGCUCACAGGUGCCAUAGUGCUUGGUGCCCGGCGGGGCCGUUUUGAAGACCCGGCAGCUUUUGAACCACACAGUCUUCCGCUGGUCGUCCUGGGGACGCUCAUGUUGUGGUUUGGAUGGUAUGGGUUUAACUGUGGUUCCACAUUGGCUCUGCAUGAUGAUGUCAUGGCAGCACAAGCAGCGCAAGUUGCUGUCAAUACAACCCUUUCAGCUGCUGCUGGUGGAAUCACAGUUUUCCUCUUCCGCUUCGUGCUAUCGCGGAAGUAUGAUGUAUGUGGUCUUUGCAAUGGGAUUCUUGCUGGCCUCGUAUCGAUAACGGCUGGAUGUUCAAACAUGGAUUGUGGCAAUGCCCUGGCCGUCGGCAGCCUUGGUGGCUUGAUUUAUCAGUGCUUUUCCAUGAGCUUGCAGCGCCUGCAGAUUGACGAUCCAGUGGAUGCAAGUGCUGUCCAUGGAGCCUGCGGAGUGUGGGGUGCCAUGGCAGCGGUAAUAUUUGAUUGGGGGGAAGGCUUUAGCUAUUUUCAUGGCUCCUCCGGAUUCCAAUGUGUUGGAGAUGCAGGGAUCUGUGAGACGGGCCUGGUUGCAAAAGCCUUGGCGGCUCAGUUGAUAUUCGUCACGGCAGUUCUCAGUUGGGUCUUAUCGUUGUCGACGAUCGUCUUGCUGUUGCUGGCCUUGAGCGGCUUUUUGCGAAUCGAGCAGAGCACGGAGGAGAUGGGCAUUGAUGCCAUGGAGCAUGCACAGACAAAGGCAUAUGAUAUCGGCGAGGACGGCAUCCCGGACGCCAUUGAGCAGCGGCAUGCACCUAUUCGCAAAUGCCGAAGGCAUUCUGUGUGUUAG